GUGGUUUCCUCGAGGGCGCCAGGACCGGCAGACCCAGCUAGGCGGGGCGGGAAACCGCGUGGGUCCAUCUCCGCUGCCGCGCCCCACCCCUCCCCCGCCGGCCCGGGCCGAAAGGAGCUCUGAAGGCCCUUUGUUAGGUCCCAGGGUCACACCCGUGCCCUGGGGGCCACCGAGGGGUGAGAGAGCUGGGCUGUCGGUGAAGACUGGACUUUCUCCUUGCUUCGGAACCCCGGCCUGUCGCAUGGAUCGGACCUCGUGGGGGCCUCGCCCAGAGAGCAGUAGGGAGUCCUCGGCCGCCCGGCUUCUUCGCCUGUGUUCAUGGCCGACGGGAUUCCGUCCCGUUGCAAAUCCGGCCGGCCGCGCAGCAGAGGCCUAGGUGGUGGAGCCAGGAGCAAAAGCCGCCGGGGCCGGAGUGAAUGGCCUCCUCCGUCCACCCCUGUGGUGGCCAAGCCAUGCUCGUCGGGAGCACUUGGCCGGGGACAUCCACUGAUCUCCAGCCCUGCUCGACGGCUUUCUCUGCUGCCCUCCACAUGUUCCUCAAGAAGGGAUGUCUGACUUUUUGUUGAGUGGUAGUUCAUUAACGAUGUUUUUCUGUGCUAUUUCUGUGGAAAGGCCCCCUUUCGGGGCGCAAGCUCACCUCCCUGUGUUCUCAAUCGAGGGUUUCAGAAACAGGGAUCCUCACUUCGUUUUUUUUUCUUUAAGCCGAGUCUCCCCAGCUAGCACCCACGGGCUCGGCUCUCCGCGAUUAGAGAAGCGGGGAAGUCCACUCAGAGAAGAUUUUGACAGCAUAAAAUAUAAUUUGUGAUCUAAAAGACAGUUUCCAGUAUAAUCUCAUUAUGCACCACAGACUCCCGGUGUUAUUUUGUGGAAGGCGGACAAUGAUCAAUUUACAUUGACCCGGGGCUGGGCGAGCUUUUAGAUGGUAAUUGCCAUAUUGAUUUGCAUGCAAAAAGGAGACCUGCUAAAAUUAAAGACCGGAAGCUAAAUUAAACUAAAUUUAUUGUCUAGGUGCGAACCGGGGGAACUGUUGGGGGAGGGGAUGAGUCUGGUCAAGGUGCCUGGGGCAGAGCAGGUGAAAGGCCCUAGAGCUUCGGGAGGUCACCACUUUGGGAGCAGUCUUUGCCCUUGUGAUUUUAUAAUGUAGGGAGGGGGCGUGUUUAGGAAAAAAAGUUAUAAAAAGGCACUAUUGCAUUGCUGGCACUGGGCGUCUUUUAAUGCUAAUAGUAACGGCGAGGGGGAGGGGAGGUUUAUAGGGUUAUAAGGGGUCUUCUGCACCAUUUCCGGCAACCCCCAUUUCUAUUGUUCUGCCCUGGCGUUUGCAAUCGUGCCAGGAACACCAAAAACUCUUGCAAAUGAAGAGUUAAAAAAAAAAGAAAGGCAGCCCUUCCCCCUUCCCGCUUUGCUUUCUCCCCCUCCCCCUCCUGAAGCUUUAGACCUUUUAGAGUGUGAGCAAAUGUGUAGGGUGCACUGCACGCGCUGUGCCGCGAGCAGGCUGGGGACCGUUGGGGCUGUGGGGAGUUCCUCUCCGGACGCUGCGGUCCCAAGCUCGGCCGGACGGUGUUUGUUUUGGGAAGCCGCCCGCUCCAGGUGGCCCAAACUAGACGCUUGAAGCAAAGCUGCCAUCUCGGAAGACGACAUGCUCUCAGCAACCCCCCUGUAUGGGAACGUUCACAGCUGGAUGAACAGCGAGAGGGUCCGCAUGUGUGGGGCAAGCGAAGACAGGAAAAUUCCUGUAAAUGAUGGUGACACUUCAAAAGCCAGACUGGAACUGAGGGAAGAGAAUCCCUUGAACCACAACGUGGUGGAUGCAAAUACGGCCCAUCGGAUUGAUGGCCUGGCAGCACUGAGCAUGGACCGCACCGGCCUGAUCCGGGAAGGGCUCCGGGUCCCCGGAAACAUUGUUUAUUCUAGCUUGUGUGGACUGGGCUCAGAGAAAGGUCGGGAGGCUGCCACAAGCACUCUAGGUGGCCUUGGGUUUUCUGCAGAGAGAAAUCCAGAGAUGCAGUUCAAACCGAAUACACCCGAGACAGUGGAGGCUUCCGCUGUCUCUGGAAAACCCCCAAAUGGCUUCAGUGCUAUAUACAAAACACCGCCUGGAAUACAAAAAAGUGCUGUAGCCACAGCAGAAACACUGGGCUUGGACAGGCCUGCCAGUGACAAACAGAGCCCCCUAAACAUCAAUGGUGCUAGUUACCUGCGGCUGCCCUGGGUCAAUCCUUACAUGGAAGGUGCCACGCCAGCCAUCUACCCUUUCCUCGACUCGCCAAAUAAGUAUUCACUGAACAUGUACAAGGCCUUGCUACCUCAGCAGUCCUACAGCUUGGCCCAGCCUCUGUAUUCUCCAGUCUGCACCAACGGGGAGCGCUUUCUCUACCUGCCGCCACCUCACUACGUCAGUCCCCACAUCCCGUCGUCCUUGGCAUCACCUAUGAGGCUCUCGACGCCUUCUGCCUCCCCAGCCAUCCCACCUCUCGUCCACUGUGCAGACAAAAGCCUCCCAUGGAAGAUGGGUGUCAGUCCUGGGAACCCCGUUGAUUCCCAUGCCUAUCCCCACAUCCAGAACAGUAAACAGCCCAGGGUGCCCUCUGCUAAGGCAGUCACUAGUGGUCUGCCAGGGGACACAGCUCUCCUGUUGCCUCCCUCGCCUCGGCCCUCACCCCGGGUCCACCUUCCCACCCAGCCUACUGCAGACACCUACUCUGAGUUCCACAAGCACUAUGCCAGGAUCUCCACCUCUCCUUCAGUCACCCUGUCGAAGCCAUACAUGACGGUCAGCAGCGAGUUCCCCACGGCCAGGCUCUCCAACGGCAAGUAUCCCAAGGCUCCGGAAGGGGGUGAAAGUGCCCAACCAGUGCCCGGGCACACCCGGAAGACAGCAGUUCAAGACAGGAAAGAUGGUGGUUCACCUCCUCUGUUGGAGAAGCAGACCGUUACCAAAGACGUCACAGAUAAACCACUAGACUUAUCUUCUAAAGUGGUGGAUGUAGAUGCUUCCAAAGCUGACCACAUGAAAAAGAUGGCUCCCACAGUCCUGGUUCACAGCAGGGCUGGAAGUGGCUUAGUGCUCUCCGGAAGUGAGAUUCCUAAGGAAACAUUAUCUCCUCCAGGAAAUGGCUGUGCUAUCUAUAGAUCUGAAAUCAUUAGCACUGCUCCGUCAUCCUGGGUGGUGCCUGGGCCAAGUCCUAACGAAGAGAACAAUGGCAAAAGCAUGUCGCUGAAAAACAAAACACUGGACUGGGCAAUCCCACAGCAGAGGAGUUCAUCAUGUCCCCGAAUGGGUGGCACGGACGCUGUGAUCACUAAUGUUUCCGGGUCAGUGUCAAGUGCAGGCCGCCCAGCCUCUGCAUCACCGGCCCCAAAUGCCAAUGCAGAUGGCACCAAGACCAGCAGGAACUCCGUGGACACCACCCCAUCUGUCAUUCAGCACGUGGGCCAGCCCCCAACCACGCCUGCUAAGCACAGCAACAGCACCAGCAGCAAGGGCACCAAAGCCAGCAACCCAGAACCGAGUUUCAAAGCAAACGAGAAUGGCCUCCCACCAAGUUCAAUAUUUCUGUCUCCAAAUGAGGCAUUCAGGUCCCCACCAAUUCCCUACCCCAGGAGUUACCUCCCUUACCCAGCGCCUGAGGGCAUUGCUAUAAGUCCCCUCUCCUUACAUGGCAAAGGACCUGUCUACCCUCACCCAGUUUUGUUACCCAACGGCAGUCUCUUUCCUGGGCACCUUGCUCCAAAGCCUGGACUGCCCUAUGGGCUGCCCACCGGCAGGCCAGAGUUUGUGACCUACCAAGAUGCCCUGGGCUUGGGCAUGGUGCAUCCCAUGUUAAUACCACACACACCCAUAGAGAUCGCUAAAGAGGAGAAACCAGAGAGGAGGUCCCGGUCCCACGAGAGAGCCCGCUACGAGGACCCAACCCUCCGGAAUCGGUUUUCUGAGAUCUUGGAAGCUGGCAGCACCAAGUUACAUCCAGAAGUCCCCACGGACAAGAACCUAAAGCCAAAUCCCAGCUGGAAUCAAGGGAAGACUGUUGUCAAAAGCGACAAACUUGUCUAUGUAGACCUUCUCCGAGAAGAACCAGAUGCUAAAACUGAGGCAAAUGUGUCCAAACCUGGCUUUGUAGCGGAGACUGUUAGCCAGAGUGCUGAGCCCGCCAAGCCCCCAACUGACCCAGCUCUGCAGCAACACCGUGAUUUCAUCACCUUGAGAGAGGAGUUGGGGCGCAUCAGUGACUUCCAUGAAGCUUAUACUUUCAAACAGGCUCCAGGCCAGUCAGUCUUCAGUUUAAACAAGGACAGUGUUCCGGCUGGUACCAACAAAGAGAACGUAGGGAUGCCAGUCUCAACUCCAUUCCUGGAGCCAACUCUGGGGAACGAUGGCCCUACUGUAACUUUUGGUAAAACCCAAGAGGAUCCCAAACCAUUCUGUGUGGGUGGUACCCCCCCGAGCGUGGACGUCACCCCCACCUAUACCAAAGAUGGAGCUGAUGAGGCGGAAUCAAAUGAUGGCAAAGUUCUGAAACCGAAGCCAUCUAAGCUGGCAAAGAGAAUCGCAAACUCGGCAGGUUACGUGGGUGACCGAUUCAAGUGUGUCACUACUGAACUGUACGCAGAUUCCAGUCAGCUCAGCAGGGAGCAGCGGGCAUUGCAGAUGGAAGGAUUACAAGAGGACAGUAUUUUAUGUCUACCCGCUGCUUACUGUGAGCGUGCAAUGAUGCGCUUCUCAGAGUUGGAGAUGAAAGAAAGAGAAGGUGGCCACCCAGCAACCAAAGACUCCGAGGUGUGCAAAUUUAGUCCAACUGACUGGGAAAGGUUGAAAGGAAAUCAGGACAAAAAGCCAAAGUCGGUCGCCCUGGAGGAGGCCAUUGCCGACCAGAACGAAAGUGAGAGAUGCGACUAUAGUGCCGGAAAUAAACACCAUGAUCCCUUUGAAGCCCCGGAGGACAAAGAUCUUCCUGUGGAGAAGUACUUUGUGGAGAGGCAGCCUGUGAGCGAGCCACCCGCAGACCAGGUGGCUGCGGACAUGCCACACAGCCCCACCGUCCGGCUGGACAGGAAACGCAAAGUCUCAGGUGACAGCAGCCACACUGAGACCACUGCGGAGGAGCAGCCAGAGGACCCUCUGCUAAAAGCCAAGCGAAGACGAGUCUCCAAAGAUGACUGGCCUGAGAGGGAAAUGACAAACAAUUCCUCUAACCACUUAGAAGACCCACAUUAUAGUGAGCUGACCAACCUGAAGGUGUGCAUUGAAUUAACAGGGCUCCAUCCUAAAAAACAACGCCACUUGCUGCACCUUAGAGAACGGUGGGAGCAGCAGGUGUCGGCAGCAGAGAGCAAACCUGGCCGGCAAAGCAGAAAGGAAGUGACCCAGGUGGUUCAGCCUGAGGUUACUACCCAGGGGAAUAACAUCACCGAAGAGAAACCUGGCAGGAAAAGGGCAGAGGCCAAAGGCAACAGAAGCUGGUCGGAAGAGUCGCUCAAAUCCAGUGACAAUGAACAAGGCUUGCCUGUGUUCUCCGGCUCUCCGCCCAUGAAGAGUCUUUCAUCCACCAAUGCAGGCGGCAAAAAGCAGACUCAGCCAAGCUGCACGCCAGCCUCGAGGCCGCCUGCCAAACAGCAGAAAAUUAAAGAAAGCCAGAAGACAGAUGUGCUGUGCACAGAUGAAGAAGAGGAUUGCCAGGCUGCCUCCCUGCCACAGAAAUACACCGACAACAGUGAGAAACCAUCCGGGAAGAGACUGUGCAAAACCAAGCAUUUGAUACCUCAGGAGCCCAGGCGGGGGCUGUCGCUGACGGGGGACUACUACGUGGAGAAUGCUGAUGGCAAGAUGACUGUCCGGAGAUUCAGAAAGCGGCCUGAGCCCAGUUCGGACUACGAUCUGUCACCAGCUAAGCAGGAGCCAAAGCCCUUCGACCGCUUGCAGCAACUGCUACCAGCUUCCCAGUCCACGCAGCUACCACGCUCAAGUUCCCCUCAAGAGACCACCCAGUCUCGCCCGAUGCCGCCGGAAGCACGGAGACUUAUUGUCAAUAAGAACGCUGGCGAGACCCUCCUGCAGCGGGCAGCCAGGCUUGGCUAUGAGGAAGUGGUCUUGUACUGCCUGGAGAACAAGAUUUGUGAUGUGAACCAUCGAGACAACGCAGGUUACUGUGCCCUACAUGAAGCUUGUGCUAGAGGGUGGCUCAACAUCGUGCGACACCUCCUUGAAUAUGGCGCUGAUGUCAACUGCAGUGCCCAGGAUGGAACCAGGCCACUGCAUGAUGCCGUUGAGAACGAUCACUUGGAAAUUGUCCGCUUGCUCCUUUCCUAUGGUGCUGACCCCACUUUGGCUACGUACUCAGGUAGAACCAUCAUGAAGAUGACACACAGUGAACUUAUGGAAAAGUUUUUAACAGAUUAUUUAAAUGACCUUCAAGGUCGCAGUGAUGAUGACUCCAGUGGCUCUUGGGAGUUCUAUGGCAGCUCUGUGUGUGAACCCGAUGAUGAAAGUGGCUAUGAUGUUUUAGCAAACCCCCCAGGACCAGAAGACCAGGAUGAUGAUGACGAUUCCUAUAGUGAUGUGUUCGAAUUUGAAUUUUCAGAAAGCCCCCUUUUACCGUGCUACAACAUCCAAGUAUCUGUCGCUCAGGGGCCACGAAACUGGCUACUACUUUCAGAUGUGCUUAAGAAAUUAAAAAUGUCCUCCCGCAUAUUCCGCUGCAAUUUUCCAAAUGUGGAAAUUGUCACCAUUGCAGAGGCGGAAUUUUAUCGGCAGGUUUCAGCAAGUCUUUUGUUCUCUUGCUCCAAAGACCUGGAAGCCUUCAACCCUGAAAGCAAGGAGCUGUUAGAUCUGGUGGAAUUCACGAGUGAGCUUCAGACUCUGCUGGGCUCCUCUGUAGAGUGGCUCCACCCCAACGACGUGGUCUCGGAUGACUACUGGAAGUCACCUCCAACAGCAGGUGGGAGUGGUGAAAUGAAAAAAGCAGAUAGCAAGACCAGAAAAGCAGACCUGCAGAAAUAAUUUAAGUAAAAGGACUGGCGAGCCUGAACUACGAUAGGCAACAAGGGGCUCCCGGGAGCCCAAAUUAAAAAAAAUAACAAAAACUCAAGGGCAUUCGGCUCUUUGUAUUUGGGCUGGAGGCAAAGGGAGGGCCCAAGGCCAGUUGAGGUUUCUAUCUUGCAUGAAGGUCAUUCUGUUAAUUAAGCUAAGAAAACAAGAGAGCCAUGGAUGUAGGGGGGUGCAGGAGAGGUAAUGAGCUUGGUUUAGGAGGCAUUUAAGGUUGUUGUUCAUGCAGUUGGAGGAGCUGGUAGACAGUUCGAAAGAUUUACUGCAAGACUCAUUAGAGUGAUUGAAAACAUGGAUGUAGAAGAACUAGCCGGGGGUAUAUGGAGGUAUAGAUGAAACCACCAUGGCUGAGAAAGGUUUGGGUGCAAAAGAACUCACCACCCCUGCCUAGACACUCUCCGCGGGUAUAGAGGAGCUCACCACGGAAGUAGAGGGGAUCAUGGUAUGUACCAGGUCACACGGGGUGUGGGGGUGGGGCAGUGCUCACCACCAGAGUACAGGGAAGCUGUGUGUUUAGGGGGACUCAGCAUCAGUGGAAAAGAGCUCUCCACAGGUGUGGAGCUAUCAUGGUAUACGUGAGAUCACCCUGGGUGAUCUCUCCACAGGUGUGAGGGAGAUCUACUGGGGGUAGACAGCUCACCCUGGGGGGACGGGAGUUCACCAUGGGUGUAGAGGAGACCAUAGGCCUGGAUGAGAAACUCAUCGUGGGUUCAGAAGAACUCAGCAGGAUUGUAGAAUAGGUGCUCAUAGAGCCAAUCUGCGUAGAGGCCCUCACUUUGGAUGUAAAGGAAUUCACCAUUGGUAUAGAAGAAUUCAUCUGGGGUUCGACACGGGUGCAAAGGAGCUCAUGGGGAGAGAGCUGAACUGGCUCAUUGAACUCCUGAAGGUGUCCCUGAGGGUCAAGGGCAUGCCCUUCUUUGCCCUGUCCUCCCUCUUCCUGGCUAGAAUGUGGCUGUGACAGCUCCAGCUAGAGCAGCCACCUAGGACCAUGAAGUAUGGAGGUCAAACACUGCAGAACAACCAGCUGGAAGGAGCCUGGGUCCCUGAGGACCUAGUAGAACUGAGCUACCGUAUCAGCCCUGCCCUGCCUGCGUUUAUGUUUGAGAAAAAUAAAUUAUGUUGAAGACACUGUUAUUUUGGGUUUUCUAACUACUCUACCCAAAUCUAAUUUUAAUAUGCCUCCCAUCUGUGAACUCAGGCAGAUUACUUACCCUCUCAGUCUUUUCCUGUUUUGUCGAAAUUGACCUAAUGGUUGUAAUAGCAAAAAACUGAAAACAACCAAAUCUCCAUCAGUCGGGCACUAGUUGAAUUAACAAUGGUAUUCGCAUAUGGUGGAAUACUAUGCAACUGUAAAAAGAAUUGAGGAAUAGUUCUAAAUUGCUUUAGUGUGAUCUCCAGAGUAUUAUCAUUAACUAAAAAAACCAGUUUGAAUUAAAGCGUAUACAUGUAUCUGCUUUAUUUUUAAAAUGAAAUAAGAAAACCUAGUUCAAAAAAUGGUUACCUUCGGGGAUAGAGUGAACAAACUACAAGGGAAAGGGAUGGAAUCUUAGUUUCUCUGAAUGUUCCCAGAGCAGAGAUUUGACUUUAGAGUUUACAAAAUUACAAACCCAAAGCAAUACCUAUAAAUAAAAAAGUAAAACUGGCCAGGCCUGGUGGCU